AUGGCGUCAUCCGCUACCGACCGAACCGGGCCCUCUCCCCCGAGGCUCUGGAUGGUGGAAGCGAAUUCCGUCAAGAACAUGGAACUGAACGGUGCUCUGUUAACGUUAGCGUUACACGACCGGCAGAAGCAGCUGGAGAAGGAAGCCGCUGAGAGAAGGCUCGGAGUUCCCGGUGGUAGAGACGCGGAUACGGAAGCGGCAGGAGGAGGAGGAGGAGGAGAGGUGGAGCCGAAUCAAGAAAGAAGAGGAGCAGCAGGAGCAGGAGGACGCGAAGGGGUGUUGGAGUCGAGUCCGGGAAUUGAAAUUGUGCUGUGCUUCGUGGCGGGAGAAGGGCUAGGCAUUCCCGCUGUUGGAGCAGUGUGGGCAGGCGCGCGCGGGUGCCUGUGCGCGUGCACGUGGAAUGGGGCAGUGGCGGAGGCCGAACGAGGGGCAGCAGCACUGGCGUCUGGGCGCGGCCCUCCAGCAGAAGAGCGGUGGGGGCAGCGAGGGGGUGUCCCCUUGGGCGCGGCCCUUCAGCAGAAGGGCAGCGGGGGCAGCAGCGAGGGGGUGUCCCCUGUACUGCAGGCGCUGCUGCAGCCGCUGCUGGCGCAGUGCGGGCAGGCGCGCGUGCCUGCGCGCGUGCACGUGGAGUGGGGGCAGCGGCGGGACGAGGCGCUCUGUCAGGCCGUGCGGGCCACUGCAGCAGAACGGCUCUACGUGGGGAACAAGAGGUGGGUGGGUGGGGAUCAAGCGGGAUCUGCCAGGCCGUGUGGGCCACUGCAGCAGAACGGCUCUACGUGGGGAACAAGAGGUGGGUGGGUGGGGAUCAAGCGGGAUCUGCCAGGCCGUGUGGGCCACUGCAGCAGAACGGCUCUACGUGGGGAACAAGAGGUGGGUGGGUGGGGAUCAAGCGGGAUCUGCCAGGCCGUGUGGGCCACUGCAGCAGAACGGCUGUACGUGGGGAACAAGAGGUGGGUGGAAGCAGCAAGGGAAGUGGGUGGGUGGGUGGAAGGGGACGACGAGGCAGAGCUGCAGCGGGUGGCCAUCGGGCAGCAGAGGAUCGUGUCUCUGUGGGAUAGAGCGGAGGUGGCGGGUCGUGUGCGUGCCGGGAGUGCUGCUGCCGCCUUGGGAAGCCCUGCCCUGGCUGCCUUAGCGCCUCCAGCAGAGCAGACGACGCCCAACCCCAGGGGCCGAGGCUUCUUCCCCUCUUCCUCCUCCGUCAGUGGUACUACCAGCACCAGCAGCAGCAGCAGCAAGGGGGGACAGGGGGCGCACGGGGGGUAUGGCAAGGGGACGGGGCAGGGGGAGAAGACGUAUGGUGGGGAGAGAUCUCAUGGGGAUAAGUCUCCUCUGUGGAAGGGGUUAGAGAGUGUGGCAGCUGGGUUGUCUGCUAUUCACUCUGAUAUGCAAGCUGCCAAGAGCUCAGGUGGACGUUCAGGUGGUUUCUCAGGUGGUUUCUCAGGUGGUUUUUCAGGUGGGCGGACCGGGUGGCAUUCGCACCAGGGGAGCGAGGAUUUCCAUGUGAAGGGAAACGAGUUUGAGGGAAUCGACACGAGCCUACUCAUCGUUCCUCGUAUCGCCCCAACCUCAGCCUCUGUAGGAGCCGGAUUCCAAACCAGCCGGAUAGACUCGGCGGACUGCCACCGCUUCCCCCCGGACCAGAUUCUCCGAGCCACGGGGGGCUUCUCGCCCUUGCAGCUGAUUGGCCAAGGCAGGCUCGGGCCGAGCUACCGGGGGGAGAUAUUUGGGUGCCAGGUGGCGAUCAAACUGCUGACUGUGCAUGAGGACACGUGUGGAAGAACAGACAAGAAUGAGAAGACUGAAAAGACUGCAGUAGAUGGUGCAGAGGGGGGAGGGGGAAAGCAGGAAGAGGAGCGAGUGGUGGAAGCAGAUGGUGCCGCUGUUGCCUCAUCGGGUGCGUUUGGCUCCUUCGGUUCAUCCGGUCUCCUUGAUCCGUCCACAGAAGGGGGAGGUCAAGUGUCUCGAGAGAGAGUACAAGCAGCAGUGCAAGCAGCAGUGGACGUGUUAAGGCGGCUCAGGCACCCGCACCUGCUGCUGCUGAUGGGCCACUGCCCCGAGUACCCCUGCCUUGUGUAUGAGUUCGCUCCUGGGGGCAGCCUCUCCUCCCGCCUCUCCCGCAUCCACUCCCUUAUUGCCGCUGCCACUGCUGCUGCUGGUGGUGAUGGUGGUGGUGGUUCUGGUGGUGCUGCUACUGGAGCAGAGGAGGGUGUUGGUAACAGCAGCAGCGGUGCAGGGGACGGUGCUGCUGCUUCUCCUAGUGGAGAACGGGGCAUUACCUUCGGCGAGGAGGAAGAGGAGGAGCUAGAAGCAAUAUGGCUGUCCUGGGUGGACCGGCUGCGACUGGCCUCUGAGCUGGCAGGAGCGCUGCUCUUCAUGCACCAGCACUCGCCGCCCGUGCUGCACGGCGCCGUGACUCUACAGAACGUGCUUCUGGACCGAAACUCCGCGUGUAAACUCAGCGGUGCUGGCCUCUCAUUCUCCUCGUCUCCCUUCUAUGGUAGCCUGGGGAGCAGCCCUCUCUCUGCUUCUGCCUCUGCCUCGGAUUCUGACCCCAGCAGCAGCACAGCAGUGGGAGCGGAGGGUCCAGGCCAGCAUGGCCCCAGCAGCACGGGCGUACUAAGUGACGACCUGCAUGCAUACGGCAUUGUGGUGUUACAGCUGGUAACCGGCAUCACCAGCCCCUCACUUAUCCACUCCCUCAUGCACACGCACUCGACUGCAGCAGGAGGUUCAGGGGCAGGUGGUGGGGGGGUGGAUGGAUGGGCACAGGGAAGACUCAGCUGGGGAAGCAGCAGGCAGGGUGGCCGGGGGGGGUUUCUGGGGGAGGCAGAGCUUCGGCCGGAUCUGGCGGCUGAGGUGCAGCCGGCCCUGUCGGCUUUGGCUCGGGAAGCGGAGGAGAGUUUUGGGCGGGCAGCCCGCAGAUGCUUAGCUUAUGGCGGGUGCGCGCACCAAAGUUCUUGCUCUGGCGGCUCUUUUGCCUCCACGCUGCUGCUUCCCCCGCACGCGCGCGCACCCUCCCGCGGAGGCCCCCCGCAGUUGCGCGGUGGAGUCCCCGCCCUUCCCCCAGUCACCCUCUCCGAGCCCCAGGAGCGGUGCCUGAAGCAGCUACAAACGAGGAUACAGCCGCCCUUUGAAAACGACAAGGAGGAGCAUAGAUUGGCGCUAGUAGAGCUGUGGGAGCAGGCGUAUCCGGGGCGGGUGUUGACUGAAGAGGUAGAGGUGGCGGGGUGGAAGGAGAUGGGGUGGCAGGGGAAGAACCCAGCCUCGGAUUUCAGGGGCGGGGGAUUUUUCGCGCUGGAGAAUUUGGUGUACUAUGCUCGCACGUACCCAGUACGUUUGGGGAGGAGGAGGGGAAGGGAGCGGGGAAAGGGAGGGGGGGAAGGGAGCGGGGAAAGGGAGGGGGGGAAGGGAGCGGGGAAAGGGAGCGGGGGGAGGGCGGGGGGAAGGGAGGGGGGGAAGGGAGGGAGGUCGUUUCAGCGCAUCAUGUACAAGCAGGAGGGUCGCCGGGUUGAGUGGGAGUACCCCUUUGGAGCAGCCGGGGUGAACAUCACCGUACUCCUUAUAAGCAUCCUCGACUUGCGCAAGGAUAUCCCUGCAACAGUGGCCGGACAGGCCUUCCUGAACCUUAUAUCAGAGCACCUGUCCGACAUUCCCGCAACAGUAGCUGGACGGGCCUUCCUGAAGAUGCUACCAGAGCACCCAACAGCGUUUGAGGACCUCUACUGUGUCACGUUUGAGAUGCUGGACGCUAACUGGCUGGAGCUCAAGGCGUCGUACAUGGAAUUCAAUGUGGUCAUGCAAGCCACACGAGCAGAGCUGGAACGCCAUAUGUGCCAGCCCAGCUUCACUGCCAUCUCCGACCUUCCCGCCUUCGCCAGACUCACAGCAGAGUAG